AUGAGCACACAACAGUCGAAUAAAGCCCACAUUGGGAAUUCGAAAAGGAAAAGUGCCAAGGAAAAACUACGGAGUCAAGGCAGAAAUGUCAAGGCCUUUGCACUUUCCAAGCCUGGAAAGGCGAUGAGACAGAUUGCUAGAUCGAGUGAUUUGAAGGAAAAACGACUCCAUGUUCCUAUGGUAGAUCGUACCCCUGAUGACGAUCCUCCUCCAGUAAUAGUUGUUGUAGUUGGACCACCGGGAACAGGCAAGACAACGCUUAUAAGAUCGUUAGUGAGAAGACUUUCUAAGACUACGCUUACAGAUAUCAAAGGACCAAUCACGGUCGUCAGUGGUAAGCGCCGAAGACUUACGUUUAUAGAAUGCACAAACGAUAUGAAUUCCAUGAUUGAUUUGGCCAAGAUUGCUGAUUUGGUGUUGUUAAUGAUUGAUGGUAAUUAUGGAUUCGAGAUGGAGACUAUGGAGUUUCUCAAUAUAGCACAGCAUCAUGGUAUGCCUAAAGUUUUAGGUGUUACUACACAUUUGGAUCUUUUCAAGAAGCAAGCUACAUUAAGGGCUGCUAAGAAAAGUCUGAAGAAGCGGUUCUGGACGGAGGUUUAUCCCGGUGCCAAGCUAUUCUACCUCUCUGGUGUGAUCAACGGUAGAUAUCCAGACAGAGAAAUCUUGAAUUUGACCAGAUUCAUCUCUGUGAUGAAGUUCAGACCACUUAGAUGGAGAAACGAGCAUUCUUACAUGCUAGUUGAUAGGGUGAUUGAUGUUACACAUCCGGCUUUGAUCGAGCAUGAUUCUAAAUGCGACAGAAAAGUGGCACUUUAUGGAUAUUUACAUGGUACACCGUUAUCCAAGCAGAACGCAAGAGUACAUAUUGCUGGAUUAGGUGAUUGUUCUGUUACCGGGGUGGAUAAGUUACCCGAUCCCUGCCCAACGCCGUAUUUCGAGCAGAAGAUUGAUGAAUUUGAAAGAGAGCAGGCUAAACUUGCCAAGGCAAACGGAUUGCCGGCUCCUGAAAAGACAAGAAAGCAUAGAAAGAGACUUGACGAUAAGAACAGGAUUAUAUAUGCUCCAAUGUCUGACGUUCAUGGUGUUUUAAUUGAUAAAGAUGCCGUUUACGUUGAUGUUGGUAAAAAUGACUCUGAAGAAGACGAGGUGAAGGAUGAUUUGGGAAGCAAGCUUGUUUCUGAUUUGCAGAAUGCCAGUGAAGUUGUGGAUCGUAGAGAAGAGGCCCAGAAGAGAGGUGAGAUCAAGCUUUUCAGUGGUGGUCCAGAAUUAAAAGCCAUCGAUUUGGAAGAUAAAGAACCCGAGGAGUUGGAAGAUGAUAAUAAAACACUUGAAGGGGAAAAUGGAAGACACGGAUUAAGACAUGCCAGAGUUUAUGAGAAGAAUAGGGAAGAAGAUGGACAAGGUGACAACCCGGCUUUUGAAUCCGAUUCUGCGUUCGAACUCAGUGACGAUGCAGAAGAUGGUCCAAGCUCUGAGUGGAAACAAAUGGGGGCCAAGCUCAAUCAUAUUGAGGUGAGAAAGGUAUGGGAUAUCAACAAAUUGAUUUACAUGAAUAAUAUUGAUCCGGAGGAUGCUAUUUCUAGAUGGAAGAAGGAGGAGGAGGAAUUGGACAUGAAGAGUGAGAAAGAAGAAGAUAAUGGAGAGAAUGAAAAAGAUGAGGGUGAUAAUUUCUUUCAGAAAAGAGAUGCUGGCGCCUCAGAUGAAAGCAUUGAUACCAGCAGAUUGUCUCUCAAGUCAGCGGAUGAAUUAAAAGGGAAGUGGUUUGAAGGUAGCGAGGCCAUCGAUAAGUUGAAAAAGAGGUUUUUCAAGUCUGCCAGGCAAAGAAUCUCAGAAGAAAAUGAAGACGAGGAAGCAGAAGGGUACGGUGAUUUCGAGGAUUUGGAAGAGAUAGAAGCUGACGAAAAGGACGAUGAUAAUAAGGUGAAAAAGGCAGACGGAAGUAAUGAUGGUAACGAGUUUGCUGAUUUUGAUGCUGAAGAAGAAAAAGCUGAGGAUGAAGAAGAAGAAGAAGAUGAUGAUGAUGACGAUGAAGUGGAAGAGGAAGAGGAAGAGGAAGAGGAAGAACCUGAACUCGAUCUUUCUGUGGAAAGGCAGCGUACGUUAAAUGCAAAGAAAAAGGAAAAGCUUAUCGAACAGUUUGAAAACGAAGAAGGUGGAAUUGAAGGUAAAGAAGAAGAUAUUUUCACCGAGGAGGACACAUGGUACGAGUUUCAGAAGGCUAAAAUGGCCAAGCAAUUGGAGAUCAACAAGAAAGAGUUAUCACAAAUGGAUACAGAUACUCGUACGAAGAUCGAAGGAUUCCCGGCUGGUUCUUAUGUGAAGCUAACUUUUGAGAAAAUGCCCAUGGAGUUCAUGGAAAAUUUUGAUCCUAGAUUCCCUAUUCUAGUUGGAGGGUUACUCCAGACAGAGGAGAGAUUCGGUUUUUUGAACGUCCGUAUUAGACGCCAUAGAUGGCACAAGAAGAUUCUAAAGUCGAGCGAUCCUUUGAUUCUCUCGUUGGGAUGGAGAAGGUUUCAAACUCUGCCGAUAUAUACGACGACAGAUUCCAGAACAAGAACGAGGAUGUUGAAGUAUACACCAGAACACACCUACUGCAAUGCCACGUUUUAUGGACCGUUAGUGGCACCAAAUACGAGCUUUUGUGCCGUCCAAAUGGUGGACAAAAAGAGUACCACCGGAUCGUUUCGAAUUGCUGCUACUGGUAUUGUCGAGGAUUUGAAUGCGGACGUUGAAAUUGUCAAGAAGUUGAAGUUAGUCGGAUACCCGUACAAGAUCUUUCGGAAUACUGCUUUCAUCAAGGAUAUGUUUUCGUCAGCUAUGGAAGUUGCUAGAUUUGAAGGUGCAUCAAUCAAGACUGUUUCUGGUAUUAGAGGUGAGAUUAAAAGGGCUCUAUCCAAACCAGAUGGUUACUUUCGUGCUUCUUUUGAAGAUAAGAUAUUGGCUAGUGAUAUAGUGAUUUUGAGGUCGUGGUAUCCGGUUCAUCCUAAAAAGUUCUAUAACCCUGUGACGUCUCUACUAUUGAAAGAUAAAGAAAAUUGGAAGGGUAUGAGACUUGUGGGACAGAUCAGAGCUGCCAAUGAUAUUCCAACCCCGUUGCAGAAUGAUUCUGCCUAUCAUAAGAUUGAGAGAGUGGAGAGAAAGUUCAAUGGACUUAGGAUUCCAAGGUCUAUUAGAGAAAAUUUACCAUUCAAGAGUCAAAUUCACGAGAUGAAAAAGCAUAAGAAUAAAACUUACCUCAACAAGCGUGCGGUUGUUCUCAGUGGUAGCGAAAAGCAGACUAGACGCUUGAUUCAAACUAUCCAGACGAUCAAGAAAGAUAAAGACACCAAGAAACGGGUCAAGAAGAUGGAAAAGAAUACGGAGAGAAAGAAGCGGUUGGCCAAAUCUGCGGAAGAAGAUGGGGACAAGAAAAGAGAGAGAAAGAAAGAAUUCUUCAGAGUUAACGGUCGUAAAAGACAAUUGGCUGCUAGUGAGUCUGCAGCAGAUGCAUUUGGCAGUAAGAGAAGUCACAGUUAA